CAUCUGUCUGUCUGGCAACGGAGACAGCCUUUUGAUCAGGCUUGGCAAAGGUUUCUAUAACAUUAAGCUAACAGAAGAAGCAGAACAAAAAGUCAACAGAUCUAGAGCUCUUGUGGAAGAAAUCCUUGCUAGUAAUAAAGUUGUGUACGGAAUAACAACAGGGUUCGGAAAAUUUGCACGGACUAUCAUAGAAAAAGACAAGCUUAUAGAGCUCCAAGAGAAUCUAAUCCGAUCUCACGCAGCAGGUGUCGGACAUGCCUUGUCUCCGGAGAGAACUAAAAUGCUGUUGGCUUUGAGGAUCAAUGUACUAGCCAAAGGUUAUAGCGGAGUGUCCCUGGAAACCUUAAAAAAGAUGAUCGCAGCUUUCAAUGCAUCUUGUCUGUCCUGGGUUCCAGAGAAAGGAACAGUUGGCGCUAGUGGUGAUCUGGCUCCUUUGUCCCACUUGGCUUUAGGUUUGAUCGGUGAAGGAAAAAUGUGGAGUCCAAAAAGCGGAUGGGCAGAAGCGAAGUUUGUCCUGGAGUCACAUAAUCUAACGCCCAUCAAGCUGAAACCAAAAGAGGGGAUUGCACUGAUAAAUGGAACACAACUGAUUGCUUCUUUGGGCUGUGAAGCUUUGGAGCGAGCAGAGUCAAUAGCAAGACAGGCCGAUAUUGUGGCUGCUUUCACACUUGAAGUCUUGAAAGGUUCAACAAGGGCGUUUGACAGCAAAAUACACCAGGUUCGUCCGCAUAAGGGUCAAAUUCAAGUGGCUAGUCGCAUUCGUGCCUUACUGCACUCGGAAACCUACCCAAGUGAAGUGUCAGAAAGUCAUAGAUUCUGCAAUAGAGUUCAAGAUGCUUACACUCUAAGAUGUUGCCCACAGGUUCAUGGAAUUGUCAACGACACAAUCAGUUUUGUCCGUACAAUCAUAACCACAGAAAUCAACAGCGCCACAGACAACCCUAUGGUGUUUCCAGAAAUGGGUGAAAUUGUUUCUGCAGGCAAUUUCCACGGUGAAUACCCAGCAAAGGUGCUCGACUAUCUGGCAAUUGGAAUUCACGAACUGGCCAGUAUGAGCGAAAGGAGGAUCGAACGAUUGGUAAACCCGGCUCUGAGUGAACUUCCAGCUUUUCUAACUAAUAAUGGAGGCCUGAAUUCCGGUUUUAUGAUAGCACACUGCACUGCUGCUGCUUUAGUGUCUGAGAAUAAAGUACUAUGCCAUCCUUCCUCCGUGGACUCGCUGACUACCAGUGGUGGCACGGAAGAUCACGUGUCUAUGGGUGGUUUCUCCGCCAGAAAGGCGCUAACUGUGGUGGAGCAUGUAGAGCAAGUCAUUGCUAUAGAGCUUCUAGCCGCUUGCCAGGCCAUGGAGUUUCUUCGACCUCUGAAGACAACAGCCCCGCUUGAGGAAGUGUACAAGUUGGUCAGAGAAGUUGUCAGGCCAUGGGAUAAAGACCGGUACAUGUCACCUGACAUUCUGACAGUUACAAAACUUCUCCAAGAAGAGAAGAUCUGGUUCAAAGUGAAACCAAUGUUAGAUCACUUCCAUUCAGUGCAGUCUGAAGAAACUCGUGUAUUCUCACCAACAUCUACCAUGAAAGAUGCAUCGACAAGUAAUAGCCCUUCCCCUAAACGUCGACGAAUGGGACGUAACGUGUCAGUCUCUAGCUCAAAAUAG